UGACUUAUUCUGGGUCUGGUAUACUUUUUACUUGCAGAUGCAGAUCUUUGUGAAGACCCUCACAGGCAAGACCAUCACACUUGAGGUCGAGUCCUCUGAUACCAUCGACAAUGUGAAGGCGAAGAUCCAGGACAAGGAGGGCAUCCCUCCGGACCAGCAGCGCCUCAUCUUUGCUGGCAAGCAGCUCGAGGAUGGCCGCACACUUGCUGACUACAACAUCCAGAAGGAGUCCACUCUCCACCUGGUGCUCCGCCUCCGCGGUGGCAUGCAGAUCUUCGUCAAGACCCUCACUGGCAAGACCAUCACCCUGGAGGUCGAGUCAUCUGACACGAUCGACAAUGUGAAGGCUAAGAUCCAGGACAAGGAGGGCAUCCCCCCGGACCAGCAGCGCCUCAUCUUCGCUGGCAAGCAGCUCGAGGACGGCCGCACUCUUGCGGACUACAACAUCCAGAAGGAGUCCACCCUCCACCUGGUGCUCCGUCUCCGCGGAGGCAUGCAGAUCUUUGUCAAGACCCUCACUGGCAAGACCAUCACCCUGGAGGUCGAGUCGUCUGACACGAUCGAUAACGUCAAGGCGAAGAUCCAGGACAAGGAGGGCAUCCCUCCGGACCAGCAGCGCCUCAUUUUCGCCGGCAAGCAGCUUGAGGAUGGCCGCACUCUGGCAGACUACAACAUCCAGAAGGAGUCCACCCUUCACUUGGUGCUCCGUCUCCGUGGUGGCCAGUAAUUGCCUGGCCAUUGAGUUGCUUCUGUGUCUGGGUUCACAACUAAACAAGUCCGGUGGCCUUCUGUGUCCUGCAGUUGAUGUUGGCGUGUCCUGUGUCUGGUGUUUUCUUUGUUGCUACGGUGAUGUUGUCUAGUCUUGUGUUUGUCUGUAUCUACAAACUUGUGCUGUGCGCUGGUGCAGCAGAUUGAAUGAAUGAAUAAGUGAGCCCUCAAUUUGCGCAA